UGGCCAUUGUGUGUUGCCAACUUCCGUCCGGUACGGUCGUGAUCGUCAUCUGCUCUUGUGCGUGCCCGGCGUGCGUGCGUGCGUGUGUGUGCGUGUGUACGCACUGUUUGUGGCGUGGUCGAUCGUACGCCGCCAUUCGCUGUGUAAAGGGGAAGAUGCAACUGUGCCGGGGCGGAACGUCGAUCGACACCCGUCCGCCCGCGCCCGUUCAGUGAAGUAAAGCUGCAAGCGGCUGGCACAACUGAUCGGUGCAAAAAGUGUGUCUGUGUUCGUCGUGUGUGAGUGGAACACAACCAGUGUUCUGCACCGGAUUACGACGACGACGGCGGCGUAAGUCUGUGUGUGUAUUUAUUGUUUCUGUUUUGUUCCGCACCGCUCUCUGCAAGGGAAGAAGCCCCACCGAGUACCGGCGGCCGACCGUGCAAAUGUCAGUGUACUUUUGAUUUCGUUGGUGGCCGAGGGUGCUGGUGUGGGCCUGCUCCUUCUGGAGCAAGAUUGUAUUACUAGAAGCGUUUGUUUGUGUGUAUGUGUGUGGGUGCGCUUGUUACCAUCUUAGUAGGCGAGCGAUAGUAGUGUAGCGCGCCCUGUGUUACCUUGAGUUUUGGGGUGUCGCGCCGCCGUUUUUCACCGGAUCGAAGUGUGCACCGUUGUGUUGUUUUAUUUGGAUGUUUUCACGUCGGUUAGCGAGCGCUGUUGCGGUUUGCCGAUGUUGGCACGUGGAAUUGUGUCCCCGGCGGUAGUGAAGCACUGUUCGACGGUAAAUGGCAUCGAUCGAUCGUUUGAUCAACACGGUGAACGGUGGAGCAGUGUCGGUAGAGUAGUGCCACGGAGUAGACCGAUUUUAAUUUGACAGUUUACCACUGCAGAGCAGUGCUUCGUCUACUUCUCCGUUUGCUACGUUGUUAGUGUACGCACAAGCCGAUCCGCCGCCCUCUUUAACGGAUGCACCACAGGCAGGGCUGGCGGAAACAUUGCGCGCACGCCAAACCGUGAUGAAAGUUGGGAAAAGUGAUACAAACGCGUAACAAAAAAAAAAAGUGCAAAGAAAAACUCUUUAAAGAAGAGCACCCGGGUAAGAGUGGUGAGUGCAGCAGUGGGAGUGGGUGUGAGUGCAUUGCAGCAGUUACGGCGCCACUUGCGAUAAGUGAAGCGUGGUGAAGGAAGUGAAAAUUUGACCCGAAAAUAUCAGAAAAUAAGCAGCACGUGCAAGAGUGGUUUUGAGUGAAAAUUAACAACAAAAAAAGAAAAGAAUUAUCAAAAAAUAAGAGAAAACAUAGUUGCCUUAGAAACGGAAGAUUUUUUCCAACGUGUACCAGCCAGUCAGUGUGUGUGCGUAGUAGCCCUUGGAUGCCAACAAAGCAGCAACCUCAGUAUGCCAAAUGUUGUUUUUCCCCCGCGGAGCAGUAUCGUGCAAACAAAGUAAAAGUGUUUUUUAAGUAGAAUUUUUCUUGAAGCCUGUGUUUGUACCAAAGCGGUGGAAAAAGCAGCGUGAAGAGAAUUACGUGAUAGAAUUGUUUGAAAAGAGUUGCGAAUUUUUGUCUGUGGGAAGGUGAAACGAUCGCCAUAACACAAACCGCACGCAGUUCCGGUGCAGUCGUCGGUCGUCCAGCUGCUUCCCGGAUGGAUCGAUCAGCUAGCGGAAGCAGUUAGUAGCGUUGAAGCUUCGGGACACAUACCUCAACAACGUUCCAGUUCAUCAUCAUCAUCACAUGAGCAUCACAGUAAAGAAGCCAGCUGAAUGAGUGCGUACAGUUGAUAGAAGGGGUAAACACCUUGCGACACACCUUCCCUCUCGGAUAUACCAGAACCGGAAUCUUCCAACUCGUCCAGAAUGGCGAACUACUUCCUGUGCCUUGUUGUUCAACGGUUGGUUCUACCGCUCAUUCUCGCAACAUGCGUGCUGAUGAGACCGGUAGGGCUGGCCAUUCCAUAUUUGAUAUGCCUAUUAGUAAUACCGUACGUGCCUGUUGCCAACAAGAAAACUAUCCAGGGACCAACUGGACUUUUUAUGAGGCUACUAAUACUGUUUGUCGUGCUCGACCUGGCGGCUGUGAUCGUGUUCCAGCUGAUACUGAUCUCCUUCCCGGGCAGCUCGGUCGAAUCGUGCAGUCUGGGCGAGAUCAUACUGCGCCACAUUGGGCUGGUGUCGUUCAAUGGGCUCGGUGCCUGGAUGGUGGUGUACUGGUUGGCGCCGGAAGCUAUCCUGCUGGUCGGUGCAGUGACCGUGCACAUCGUGCUGCGGAAGCUGACGGGCGUGAUAGUGCCGAGGCGGAGGCGACGGAGGAGAGGUGCCGACGGUAACACGGCCGAAGAUGACACCGAGCAGGGCGCUGACGCGGAAGGAGAAGGGCCAGCGGCUGAGGCCGAGGAGAGCGAACCGCAGACGAGCCUGAUCAGCCCGGAACGGUUGCCCUUCUUCACCACGCUGGGCGUACUGCUGUCGAUGUGUAUGCUGUGCGUGGUCGGCAUCAUACAACCGUCCGCGAUUAGUGGCGUGUACUUUGUGGUGUUUCUCGGUGCUGCCUCCUGGUGGGGAUGCUACAAGAAGCUAGAUAGAGCGUUUGGAAUAGUUUUAAAAAUCGUGCUAGUAGUGCUAGUCAUACACAUCGUGCUGCUGCUAGCCUACCAGAACCCCUGGCCCCAGGAGGUGCUGUACUUUAACGAUACGGCGGCGCGCGUACUCGCCCUGAAGCCGAUCCUGAACUCGUCCUGCAAUCUAGCGAACGGGACCGACAUCCGGGACGUGCACUUCAACUCGGAUCUCGACACGGACGUGUAUCUGAAUCCGAUCUUCCUGCUGCUCUGCUACUACACGCUAACGAUGACCUCAUCGUUGCUGUUACGAACAAGAAGCGAUACUACAAAGGACAGAAAACGGUUGGAUCUGUCCAGUCAGCUCGAGAACGGCAUUAGGCUACAAAAUCAGAUCUCCUUCCGCAUGCAGCGCAAGAACAUUCUGCGCAAAACGCUCACCAGCGAUCGGUGGCGCGGUGCCGCCCGGAAGGUGAAACUGAUGCGCCGCGGAACGCAUAGAAUUCGAGAUGCGUCGGCGAACGAUGGCAAAGAUUGUGCUCAAACCGAUCAAAUAGCGUUAGAAAGCUUAGAAACGAAUAAAACCAUUUCAGAAGAGGAGGAACCUUCGAGCUUCUUCGAGCAGGCGCUGCUGGCCAUACGGAAUGUGGCCUCCUACAUUUAUAAGAAUAGUUACAUCUUUACCAAUGUCAUAAUGAUGGUUUGGAGCAUCAUGUACCAUAGUUGGUUAACGUUUGUGCUGCUGCUGUGGGCUAACUUGAUCUGGAUCUUACCGAACCAUCGGAAGAACAUGCUGAACUCUAGCCCGUUCCUGGUAAUAUACGCGGAAGUGCUAUUGAUCGCUCAGUUUCUUUACGGGAUGAACCUAACCGAAGCAGAGCUUCCAACGGUCGUAGAGGGUUCCGGGAUCAAUCUGGAGCAACUAGGGUUUGUACGACGCACCGAGUAUCCGAUCGUGCCACUCCUCGUAAAGUCACUCUUUACCACGAUGUUCUGGAUCUCGCUGCGCCAGCUGAUCCAGGAGAAGCAGACGGAGCGUCGCGAAUCGAUGAUCGCCAAUUUGGCGGCCCCGCUGCAACUACCGGUUGGGGCUGCGACGACCGCUGCCACAGGGCCACCGUCCGCAACGGAACGACCGCCCGAAAAGAAGUCGUCCGCGAUCGUCGAUCGAAUGGCGAAAUUUUUCCGCUCCUUCAUGAUCAAAUUUUGGAUCUGGGUAGUCGCCCUGACACUCUUCCUGUCCGCCAUCAUUGGCAACCGGAUGACCGUGUUCCGGAUCGUGUACAUGGUGCUGUUCCUGUGCUUUUUACUUUCCUUCCAGUUUUCAUUCAGUGUGUGGCGGAGAGUAAUGUUUACGUUCUGGAUUACCGUCAUCCUGUACUCGAUGGCCAUCUUGAUCUUGGUGUAUCUGCAUCAGUUCGAGCAGUUCCCACGGUAUUGGGCGGCAAUAGGCAUAUCAAAAGAGUUGCAAGAAGAUAUAGGAUUGGAAAUAUUUAAAACGGGUCAACUAUUCUUACACUUAGUUAACCCAACGUUAGUAGUCAUCAUUACCGUCAUUCAGCUGCACUAUUGUCACGAUCGGUUUUUGAUCAUUAGCGAAAUCCCAUCCGUCCAAACCGAAACAGAACAGUCGGACGAGGAAGACAAGCAAGAACCUGUGGCGCCUGCCACCGAUGGUCCCGCUUACGGUACGUUUACGAACGCCGAUAAUGGAGCGAUAAAGGAUUCGGGAGAAGCUGUUCCUUCAGCUACCGAGACGACCGUGGGACAGAAAGCCGAUGCUCAACCCGCUCGGGAGAAGCUUCCGCUCGAGGAGGACGACGAUGAUGAGGAACAGAUCGAAAAGAUUGAAGAUUUUCGCUUCCGGAAGCUCUCCAGACAAGAGAUUACCGGGUUCGCCCGAAAAGCCUGGAAGAUGGCACUCGAUCUGCUGGAGCUAACGUGGCUUUUCUUCGAAAUUCACUUGCUGAAGAUCGUGCUGAUCGUGGCGUUCUCGCUGAGCGUCAACUCGGUCAACUUCCUGCACCUGCUGUACGUGGUGCUCUCCGUGUUCACGGUAAAAGCCCACACGUCCGGCAAGGAUUCGCUCACGUACAUCUACCAGAUCCGCAUAACGCGCAUCAUGUCGCUGUUUUCCGCCAUAAUGCUCAUCAUCACCAUGAUCUAUCAGGUGAAGUACAUCAAGGAGGGCGACUUCCAGAGCGAAUGUCCCAACAUUGACGCGAACACCACGCUGAUGGACAUGAACAAUGCCAAGUGGAUAGGGAUGCGCAAAACGGGCUCGGGUGAAACGCUGUCCGAUCUGUUGCGCCCGUACCUGGUGUACAUUCUGCUAGUGACCGUGCAUCAGGUGAUCAUUCUGCGUCAGACGAUACACCGCAUGCGGCUGGGACGUUCGCCCAAGACGCCGUCGCUAAUGUUCCCGAACAUCGUGCGGGCCGACGCGGACAAGGAUAUACCGCGCAUGAUCAAGUACCUGUUCAACUACGGGUACUACAAGUUCGGCAUUGAGAUAUCGCUCGUCGCGCUGAUCGUGGUGGUGGGGAACCGGAUGGACGUGCUGUCCAUUUUCUACGCCAUCUGGCUGGCGGUCAUGUUUCACAUGACGCGCGACGGCCUGCAGCGCCUGUGGAGAUGGCUGACGUGGUUCAUCGUGGCCGUCAUCCCGAUCCAGUACGUGCUGUUCGUGGGGCUGCCACCGUUCGCGUGCGUCAACUAUCCGUGGUUCGUGCCGCAGCUGGACCACUUCCGCAUCUGGGCGAUGCUGCCGGAAAAUUCGUACGAGUUCCGCAGCUUCGCCAACAAGAUGGUGUCGGACUUUGUGCUGCUAAUGUUUCUGUGCCGGCAGACAGUGGUGUUUCGGUUGGAGCGGGAGCCACCGCGCCGAUUUGGCGGCGGUAGCAAUCAGUCGGUGCUGGGCGAUUUCCAAAAGCUGGACGAGGGCAACUUCCAGAACCCAACGCCGGACUUCAUCACGAAGGUGCGCAACUGGUUGGAUAUGCUGAAGCGGACGCUGUUUCUGGUGUCGUUCUGGUUCACGCUGGCGGUAGUGUUUCUGUCCGGAUCGAGCCGGGUGAACCUGUUUUCGAUCGGUUACCUUAUCGGGGCGUUCUUUUUCCUCUGGCAAGGGACGGACUUUUAUCUCCAUUCGAUCGAGUAUAUCUUGAAGCGAUGGAACAUUCUCAUAUGCUACAAUGUGUUCGUCAUCGGUGCCAAAGCGUUUCUGCAGCUGUUUGGCUGCCUGUUCCUGGAGCAGCUGGUUAACAACAACUGCUGGGUAAUGCAACUGUUCGGUAUGAACUGUCUGUCCUCAGCACUUCCACCACUCCCACCCGGUACGGUAGAUCCGGGCGAGCAGUGCAACAUACCACCUGCUUCCGAUGCCGGACUAUUCUGGGACGGGAUGUGUUUCGCCUUUCUACUGCUGCAGCGGCGCCUCUUCUCAAGCCAUUACUUCUGUCACAUCAUCAACGAAUCGAAAGCGAGCAAAUACUUGGCAUCGAGGGGUGCUGAGCUCAUCGAGGAGCUGCGUAUCAAGGAAAGUGCCCAGGAGGCGGAACGCGAACGGCAAAUACUGGAGAAGAUCAAAGCCAAGAUGGAUCGCAUCAAAGCGACGCAGCAGAAAAUACUGGAGGCAGUGCAGGACCCGGCUACGCAUGCCAUAGGCUACCACACGCCGAUAGAGGACGAGCUGGCAGCCAACUCUAUGUUCAUCGAGGGCGAGGGCCUGUCGGACAUGCCGUCGGACAAUGGUGGACUGACGGUUGGGCGAGGCUCGUACCAAACGCAGAUACCCUCGCCAAGCUCCGCGCUGAUGACAGUGUCGCUGGAUGCUUAUCUGGACCCGCAGCGAAUGUCCUUCGACUCACCAAACGAUUUGAUGGCGCGUGUGUGCAGCCCCGACGAUACGUUCCCUGUCUUUUCGCCGCCACCGUUUGAAAAGGAUCCGAGGGAGCCUUUAAGCUCGAUAGCAGCACCGUACGUGGCCACCACUACCGCGAACACCCUUAUGCCACCGCCAAAAACGGCCCUGCAGACGCGUCAGCAUCGUCGACAGUCGAGCUUGAAUGCUGUCUCGUGGCCAGCGAACAAUGAGCUUACUGUCAGCCCGAAGGCGCAACAUCGAGCCGUUCCAAGUGGCAACAUCAACAUACCGACAGAAGACCCAACAACUGAACAGCAACCUUCCCAAUCACCGCGCUCGCCUCGCUCUCCUCGAUCGGCUACGUUCGCGCCGAAUCAACCGCGCCAUCGGCGCCUGUCGAGCAUGGGAUCCGGGUCCGGCCUGCCGGACGAGCUGACCGCUGGCGGCGACGCAAUCGGGGCGCGCCGUCGCUCGAGCUUCCUGGUGUCGCUGUUCGUGGACGAGGACAAUACUACGCGGUACGACGAGGUCACGACGACCGCGAACGGUGGCCCCACCUCUCGGCGACGGUCGCGCUCGCGUAGCUACUGGGGCCCGGUCGGCGAAGCCGGUCUGCGGGACUCGAUCCGCUCGGCCCGGUCGCGGUCGCCCGUCUCGCACCACGAGUAUACAGUCGACCAUAGGUCGAGCUUGAAGCGCAAAAUAUCGGAACACAGGCCAACGGCCAUUCGAUCCGGUGAUUAUUACAUGUUUGAGGAUGUGGAACAAGAGUUCGAGCUGGAUCUGAUGGAACCGCACGAGUACGACGAUGAGUUGGACGAAAGAUCCCAGAAAGAUCAACGGCUGCGGCGAAGACUAACGCUCGGAAGGUUGGCCGCCCAACUGCGCAAGCAAAGGCAGCAGGAGGUGUACGAGCUUGCGUACGGCAAGCGCGAUGCUAACGAACCCGAUGAUGAUGAUGAUGACGACGACACUAAUGCGGCGGUCGAUCAGCCUCUUACGCUAGCGUCCAGCGAUCUGCCGGCGGAGGAGGAUCCGGCUCAGCCACCGGCACUGCGGCGACGGCGCCUCUCGUCACCGGUCGUACUGAGGCGCGACCAUCCGACGCACACUGACCAUCGCGGCACAGACGACCGAACGGCUGCACUGGAACGGUCCGCUCUAUCCGAACCUUUACCACCAAUAGAGGCACAGUAUCCACCACCACCACCACCACUACCAACACUACCACAGACAGCUCAUUCAGGUACUCGGCUACGCAAGCCCACUGCCCUGGAUGCUCCGGAUGCUCAAACGGCCGGCCCAAGCAAGGAACUGCACGCCCAACACUCAAUAACGGACGAGGAGGCCCGCCUGCUAAGUGACGAGGAGGAUGAGGUGGAAGGCCGCAAGGAGGCAGACGUCGCCGAGGAGAAGAAGAGCAAAUUUUCCCUGUCCGGACUGGCGCUAAUACCGGCCUUCUUGGCCGGUGUCGUCGGUUCGGUGACGCUAAGGUUACACCGUGCGUCACGCAACUAUCGGUACGUGAUGCGCGUGCUGACCCGUGAAAAGCAGGUGCUGAAGGAGACGCCCGGCUUUGGUGUUGGCGUGCGUGAUAAGGACGGUGUGUGGACGCACUACAUCUCGCGAUCGGGCAGUAGUACCUCACCCAAGCCCGAAGAAUCGCCUCCACCGUCCGGCGGCACGGUACGGUCGGGCGGUUCUAGUAGCGACGGCGGCGGUAGUCUGUCGUCCCGUACCGGAUCACUCGCCUCGCUCAGUAGACAAUUGCACAGUAGUAACAUUAACGACAACACCGACUACGAGCGGGACUACGCGGAAGCGGAACAGCCGGCAUCGGCCGUGCCUUCAUCGCCGGCCGUAACGUUCACGGUGUCGGAGGUGCAGCCCGACACGGCGACGGAAAGCGACGCGAAAGCUAACACGAUACGCGAUCUGCAGGUGUACACCGGUGCAGAACGGCAGCCGGUGGAUGAUGGACUGCAUACAGUGAGUGGAUUGGGAGCAGCUCUAGCAAUGAUCAGUCGUAAAGAUCCACUCAGGGAAGACAAAACCGACGGCAGCUCAACCGAAGCCGUCAAGCGUACGCUGGACGAGGUGAGCUCCGAAGAGGACUUCUCAUCGCGCAAACAUUCCGUACUGUUCGAGCUGUUCCAGGCGGCCUGGUACGCGAUCAUGUCGCACACCGACUUCAUAUGCUACUUUGUAGUAUUCCUAAACCAGGUUAACUCAGCCAGCCUGCUGUCACUACCACUUCCUCUGCUGGUAACGCUCUGGGGCACGCUGACCUUCCCCCGGCCGGCACAAACCUUCUGGACGAUGCUGAUCGCCUACACGCAGAUGGUCGUGCUGGUGAAGUGUAUCGGGCAGUUUGAGAUGUUCUGGUGGAACCAAACGCCGAUCCCUUCGAACCAACCGUUCCAUGUGGCGCGGCUGUUCGGUAUCGAGCGCAAGGAUGGCUACGCAACGUACGAUCUGAUCCUUUUGCUGAUGCUGUACUGCCAUCGGUUCAUUCUAAAGUCGCUGGGGCUGUGGAAAUCGGACCCAACGGAAGAGCCGGCCCUGUCCGAGGGGCUGUACCAGGUCGAUCCGAACGACGAACGUGCCAAGGCUCUGAUGGCUUUGGCAGAGGAAAAUGAGAAGAAGCGCGAAACGUUGGAAAUACGUCCACCGGAAGAGCUGACUGGACUGUCGAUGGUGAAGAUCAACGAAAAGGCGGGCACGAUCGUCGAGGAGCCGAUUGGAGAGGAAUCAAACGUACUCUGCGUAUCGAUACACCCAGAGCCGACCAAGAAGUACUUCCCGCAGAUAGCGAAGGAAGCAUUCCUGCGCUACUCGGCCGCCCUGAAGGCGUUCUUCGUGCAGCUGCUCGAUCGACAGUCGCGCAAAACGACCGACGUGUACGGGUACAUGUUUUUGUGCGAUUUCAUCAACUUCUUCGUCAUUCUGUUCGGCUUUUCGUCCUUCGGGACACAAGACGGCGAUGGUGGCGUACUGUCGUACUUUGAGGAAAACCGCGUGCCCGUCACCUUCCUGCUGAUGCUGAUCAUACAGUUCUUCCUGAUCGUGGUCGACCGGGCGCUGUAUCUGCGGAAAAAUAUUCAAGGGAAAAUCAUCUUCCAGUUCAUACUGAUCAUCGGGCUGCACGUGUGGAUGUUCUUCGUGCUGCCCGCGACGACCGAGCGCAACUUUAAUGCAACCACACCGCCCGUCCUGUACUACAUGAUCAAGUGUUUCUAUCUGCUGUUUUCGGCGUACCAGAUACGGUGCGGCUAUCCGGCCCGCAUUUUGGGCAACUUCCUGACGAAGGGCUUCACGAUGGCUAACUUCUCCGGGUUCAAGCUGUUUAUGACGGUGCCGUUCCUGUUCGAGCUGCGCACGCUGAUGGACUGGAUCUGGACGGACACGUCGAUGACGCUGUUCGAUUGGCUCAAGAUGGAGGACAUCUUUUCGAACGUGUAUCAGCUGAAGUGUAUGCGGCAGCUGGAGGAAGAUUUGCCGGCACCGCGCGGCCAGAAGAAGGGCGCAAUGGUGAAGUAUCUGAUGGGGGGUGGUAUGAUGUUGGGCAUAAUCUUUCUGAUCUGGUUCCCGCUGGCCCUGUUUGCGUUUAGCAAUGCGGUCGGUCAGCCGAACAUUCCGCACGACGUGUCGGUAGAGCUGCGCAUCGGGACGUACGAGCCGGUGUACGCGAUGAGUGCACAGAACAAUAGCAUUUAUGGUCUCACACCAAACAAUUGGUCCAACUUUACGGCGCCCUUUAUGGAGCGAUCGGCCCAAACGUUCCUCUCAAACUACGAACCGGCCGACGUGGCGGCUGUUCAGCUCGGCAUAAGCUCCGCGUCGAUCUGGAACAUUUCCCCGCCCGAUCGGAACCGGCUGCUGUACGAUCUGAUCAACAACGUGACGCUAACGUGCCGCUUCCGGUACACGAUCAGCCGGAUGACCAACUCGAAGGAAAACCCGGGCGUCAUCUCCGAGGAGCGCACCUACCAGCUGUACGACGGGCCGGCCCGGCAGGCGCUAAUCAAUUCGCUCAGCCGAACGAAACCGGACGAAAUGGCGGUACUGAUGAACAUUAUGCCCAAGUUUCUGCGCGUCCAAAACAGUGGCUCGAUACGGCCCGUUCAUCAGCUGGUUAAAACGGCUGACGGCGAUGAGGACGAAGAGAACUAUCGCAACAUGCAGCUGCGGCAGCUGUACAUGGACGAAACGUCCAACACGAGCUGGUGGCAAGCGAUGGAGGACUGUACGGACACGCUGUACGAGAAGUACUUUUCCCGGCUGCCGUAUGCUGACUGCACCAAUUUUCUGGUGAUUUACAUGUUCAACGACAAGAUAUUCCCCAGCACCAUCAGCUCGAUUGCGGCGGGCGGCAUUAUUGGUAUCUACUCGACGAUGAUACUGGUGUUUUCGCGCAUGCUGCGCACGAGCAUCUUUUCUGGCGCGAGCUCCAAAAUCAUGUUCGAGGAUCUGCCGUACGUCGACCGGGUGCUGCAGCUCUGUCUCGACAUCUAUCUCGUGCGCGAAUCGUCCGAGUUUACGCUGGAGGAGGAUCUGUUUGCCAAGCUGCUGUUCCUGUACCGGUCGCCCGAGACGAUGAUCAAGUGGACGCGGCCAAAGAAUGAGGGCGGCGGCGACGACGAAACGGACACGAUGACCGAUCAGCCCGAAACGCACCCGAAGCAGGAGUAGGGGGAUGCCCGGUGGUUGAUGAUAUUUUGUUGUUUUUUGUGAUACAAAGCGAACUUACUGCUACUGUUAGGGCGUGGCGUGUGGGACACGUGGUGUUUGAAGUUGGAAGUUCCGCGGUGGAAGGUGUUUUGAAGUUGGAUACUUUUAUUGAUCGUUGUUAGGUUAUUGGUACGAACAGCUGCACACAACUGCAUAACAAAACAAGCAAUAAACGGUAGAAGAGAGGUAGGCAGGAGAGUGCAUUACGACAGUGGAUUUAAAGUGGACGAGAAGACAGCAGACAAUCGACAGGCGGCAGCGUGGUUUAGUUUAAUGCGACAAGAAAUUGUAAACGCAGCAAACAAAGUGGCACAGUUAUUGUGUGUUACCUGUACAUAGAAGACAUCAAAAUGGCGCCAAACAUUACGAAACGAAACGUUUACAUUUACAAUUAUGCUAGAAUUUAAUUCGCAAUGCUAGUCGAACGCGUAGCCCCAUUUCCCCAUGUUAAUGUGGGGUCAGAAAGAGAGAGGGAGAGAGAGAGAUUCACACGUGCAUUAUUAUCGUAAUUUAUAUUCGCUUAUCAAUCCCCACUCCUAUUUGGAUUCGAAACAGUUUUUUGCAUACAUCAGAAACGAUCAUCACGGUCGCUGUGGGGCUUUGCCGUUGCUUCCAGUGACCACCUUCCCCCCUCCCGGCGAACCAUCCCUCUCGAAUUUGUUGUUUCACAUCUCCUUUCUGCAACAGCAUUUCAUCUCAUUUUCUAGUGCGUAAUUCAAUCGAAAUUUGUAACAUUUAAAAAUAAAGCGGAAAACCCAUGCCGGAACUGGAACUUUUCCGGGUGAAGUUGAAUGGUGGUUAAUAUUU